AUGGCGCAUAUCUAUGAGGUCGGCACAAGGGCCUGGCAACCCGACCCGACAGAGGGCUGGGUGGCCUCCGAGGUCAAGGAGAAGCUGGUGGAUGGAGAGAAGGUGCAGCUGGUAUUUGAGCUUGAGAAUGGCGAGACAAAAACCGUGGAGACCACGCAGGCCGAGCUGCAGGUCGAUAACAACUCGAAUCUGCCGCCAUUGAUGAACCCUGCCAUGUUAGAGGCAAGCGAGGACCUGACCAAUCUGUCCCAUUUGAAUGAGCCUGCUGUCCUGCAGGCUAUAAAGCUCCGCUAUGCCCAGAAAGAGAUAUAUACUUACAGUGGUAUUGUCCUGAUCGCAACCAACCCAUUCGCGCGUGUAGACUCCCUCUAUGUGCCGCAAAUGGUGCAGGUCUACGCUGGCAAGCAGCGUGCAUCGCAGGCACCACAUCUGUUUGCCAUUGCAGAGGAGGCUUUUGCCGACAUGCUUCGCGAUGGAAAGAACCAGACAAUCGUUGUCUCUGGUGAAUCAGGAGCUGGUAAGACCGUGAGUGCCAAAUACAUCAUGCGGUACUUUGCGACUCGUGAGUCCUCGGAUCAACCUGGAAAAUACACGACGAGCCGAGCGGACGCGAUCAGUGAGACGGAAGAACAGAUUCUCGCUACGAACCCGGUCAUGGAAGCGUUUGGCAAUGCCAAAACCACCCGAAAUGACAAUUCGUCCCGAUUCGGUAAAUACAUCGAGAUCAUGUUCGACGAUAAGACCAACAUCAUCGGUGCCAAGAUCCGGACCUACUUGCUUGAGCGCUCGAGACUUGUGUUCCAGCCUCUGAAGGAGCGCAACUACCACAUUUUCUACCAACUAGUGGCUGGUGCCACCGACGAGGAGAAGCAGGAGCUAGGUCUGUUGCCGGUCGAAGACUUCGAGUAUCUCAACCAGGGUGGUACCCCAAUCAUUGAAGGUGUUGACGACAAGGCCGAAUUCGAUGCGACCAGGAAAUCGCUGGCCACCAUCGGGGUGUCUCAGCAUGAUCAGACUGAAAUUUUCCGGAUUCUUGCCGCUUUGCUGCAACUCGGUAACGUGAAGAUUACUGCGACUCGCACAGAAUCGUCACUGUCGUCAUCGGAGCCGUCGCUUGUGCGUGCUUGUGAUAUGCUUGGAAUUGAUGCCACCGAGUUUGCCAAGUGGAUUGUCAAGAAACAGCUCAUCACUCGAGGCGAAAAGAUUACUUCCAAUCUCACCCAGCAGCAAGCCCUUGUGGUCCGAGACUCAGUUGCUAAGUUCAUCUACUCUAGUCUUUUCGACUGGCUGGUGGACAAGAUUAACCGUGGAUUGGCUACUGAUGAGGUCCUCGGCAGGGUUGUUACCUUCAUUGGCGUGCUGGAUAUCUAUGGUUUCGAGCACUUCGCCAAGAACUCCUUUGAGCAGUUCUGUAUCAACUACGCGAACGAAAAGCUGCAGCAGGAAUUCAACCAGCACGUCUUCAAACUCGAGCAAGAAGAAUACGUUCGUGAAGAAAUUGACUGGACCUUCAUUGAUUUCUCGGACAAUCAGCCGUGUAUAGACUUGAUCGAGGCAAAGCUUGGAAUUCUGGCGCUGCUUGAUGAAGAGUCGCGCCUUCCCAUGGGCUCUGAUGAGCAAUUUGUCACCAAGCUUCAUCAUCACUUUGCUGCCGAUAAGCAGAAAUUUUACAAGAAGCCUCGCUUCGGCAAGUCUGCGUUUACUGUUUGCCAUUAUGCUGUUGAUGUCACGUACGAGUCCGACGGCUUUAUCGAAAAGAACCGCGACACCGUUCCCGACGAGCACCUGGAGGUCUUGCGUAACUCAUCCAAUGGGUUCAUCAAAGAGAUACUUGACACUGCCGCUGCAGUGCGCGACAAGGACUCGGCAGCGGUUUCAUCCAAAGCGGUUGCAGCAGCCCCGGGCCGUCGCAUUGGUGUUGCCGUCAACCGUAAGCCCACGCUUGGAGGGAUUUUCAAGUCCUCUUUGAUCGAGCUGAUGGGCACGAUCAAUUCUACAGAGGUGCAUUACAUCCGUUGCAUUAAGCCCAAUGAAGCCAAGGAAGCCUGGAAGUUCGAGGGGCCAAUGGUCCUCAGUCAGCUGAGAGCUUGCGGUGUCCUCGAGACUGUGAGAAUCAGUACUGCAGGAUAUCCCACUCGGUGGACAUACGAGGAAUUUGCUAUUCGCUACUACAUGCUUUGCCAUUCUUCCCAGUGGACCUCGGAAAUCCGAGACAUGUGUCAUGCCAUUCUUCGCAAGGCACUGGGUGAUGCCAGCCACCAAAAACAGGACAAGUACCAGCUGGGUCUCACCAAGAUCUUCUUCCGGGCUGGCAUGCUCGCCUUCUUAGAGAACCUACGCACGUCGAGACUGAACGAGUGUGCCAUUAUGAUCCAGAAGAACCUGCGAUGCAAGUACUACCGCCGCCGCUAUCUGGAGGCACGCGAAUCUAUUCUCACCACGCAAGCCUUUAUUCGUGGAUUUUUAGCAAGGCAGCAGGCCCAGGAGAUUCGUCGAACAAAGGCUGCUACCACGAUUCAAAGAGUCUGGCGCGGGUCGAAGGACAGGAAACGGUACAACGAGAUUCGACGGAAUUUCAUCCUGUUCCAGUCCGUUACGAAGGGUUUCCUUUGCCGACGAAACAUCAUGGACUCUAUCAAUGGUAAUGCCGCCAAGGUCAUUCAACGGGCUUUCCGCUCAUGGCGUCAACUACGUUCUUGGCGACAGUAUCGCCACAAAGUGGUCAUUGUUCAGAACUUGUGGCGACGUAAGCAGGCUAGGAAGAUCUACAAGUCCCUGCGUGAGGAAGCACGUGAUCUGAAGCAGAUCUCCUACAAGCUUGAGAACAAAGUCGUGGAGCUUACACAGUACUUGGAGUCACUGAAGCGUGAAAACAAGUCCUUGGUCUCCCAGCUCGAGAAUUACGAAACUCAGCUGAAAUCAUGGCGGACCAGACACAACACCCUGGAAGCCCGUGCCAAAGAACUCCAGGCCGAGGCCAAUCAGGCCGGGAUCACAGCAGCGCGCCUAGAGGCCGUUGAGGAGGAGAUGAGUAAGAUCCAACAAAGUCACGCUGAAGCUCAGGCCACCAUCAAGCGUCUCCAAGAGGAGGAGAGAGUCUCCCGCGAGGCACUUCGUGUGACCAAUGAGGAGCUAGAGCGCCUCAAGGUGCUCGACGGCGACCAUGAGAAGGAAAAGUCUGCUCUUCGUCAACGCGUCUCGGAAUUGGAGGAACAGCUGGAGGUUGCCAAGCGAUCCGUGCCGGUCAAUGGGUUCAAUGGCGAUUUGCCCAAUGGUAGUGCAGCUCCGGCUGCCGCCAGCAGCUUGAUCAACUUGGUAUCUUCCAAGAAGCCCAAGCCCAAGCGACGCAGCGCCGGUGCAGAAAAGAUCGAUACCGAUCGCUUCAGUGGGGCUUACAACCCACGCCCAGUAUCGAUGGCUAUCCCUGGUCCUGGUGCGGCUCGCUCAGGCGCAGCGAUCGCCCCAGGUCUGGAUUCGGUCGAGGCAGAGCUCGAGAACUUGUUGUCCGAAGAGGAAGACUUGAAUGAGGAGGUCACCAUGGGCCUCAUUCGCAAUCUGAAGAUUCCCCUUCCCAGCUCUACCCCACCUCCGACCGAAAAGGAAGUCUUGUUCCCUGCGUACUUGAUCAAUCUGGUUACCUCCGAGAUGUGGAACAACGGUUUCGUGAAGGAAUCCGAGCGCUUCCUGGCCAACGUCAUGCAGUCGAUCCAGCAAGAAGUCAUGCAGCAUGAUGGUGAUGACGCUGUCAACCCUGGCGCUUUCUGGCUAUCGAACGUGCACGAAAUGUUGUCGUUUGUGUUCCUGGCUGAGGAUUGGUACGAAGCCCAGAAGACCGAUAACUACGAGUAUGAUCGUCUUUUGGAAAUUGUGAAGCAUGAUCUGGAGAGCUUGGAGUUCAACAUCUACCACACAUGGAUGAAGGUGUUGAAGAAGAAACUGUACAAAAUGAUUGUCCCGGCUAUCAUUGAGUCGCAAUCACUACCUGGUUUCGUUACUAGCGAGACGAACCGUUUUCUCGGCAAGCUUUUGCCCUCGAACAACAACCCAGCAUAUAGCAUGGACAAUCUGCUGAGCCUUCUGAAUGGCGUGUAUAGAGCAAUGAAGGCGUUUUACCUGGAGGACACCAUCAUCACGCAGACUGUUACAGAGCUUCUGCGGCUGGUCGGUGUGACGGCGUUUAAUGACCUUCUCAUGCGACGAAACUUCCUGUCGUGGAAGCGGGGUCUCCAGAUCAAUUACAACAUUACCCGUAUUGAGGAGUGGUGCAAGAGCCAUGACAUGCCAGAGGGAACGCUACAGCUGGAGCAUCUGAUGCAAGCGACUAAGCUUCUUCAGCUUAAGAAGGCUACUUUGAAUGAUAUUGAAAUCAUUCAAGAUAUCUGCUGGAUGCUCUCCCCGAACCAAAUUCAGAAGCUUCUCAACCAGUACCUCGUCGCGGACUACGAACAGCCUAUUAACGGCGAGAUUAUGAAGGCCGUUGCUUCCCGGGUCACGGAGAAGAGUGACGUUCUUUUGCUGACUCCGGUGGAUAUGGAAGACAGCGGUCCCUAUGAGAUCGCCGAGCCCAGGGUCAUCACGGCCCUGGAGACAUACACUCCAUCUUGGCUUCAGACGCCGCGUCUGAAACGACUGGCGGAAAUUGUGUCGGCGCAGGCGAUGGCGCAACAAGAGAAGCUCGAAAUCGAUAACGGGGUUCUGGAGGAGUAG